ACUGGAUGGUUAAACGUGCCGUUGGAACUAAAGCUUGCCUAUUGGGGAAGGCAGUAACAUGCAAGUACCUUAGACAAGAUAACUUUCUGGAGAUCGAUGUGGACAUCGGUUCAUCAUCUGUGGCAAGAGGUGUUAUUGGUCUUGUACUGGGAUAUGUCACAAGCCUUGUUGUUGAUCUUGCUAUUCUAAUAGAGGCAAGAGAAGAGGAUGAACUCCCUGAAUAUAUUCUGGAACUGUUAGACUAAAUCGAGUGAAGGUCGAUUCUGCUGUACCAUUGGAAGGUUGAUGAUUCUUCGUUGGUAAGUAGAAUUAAUCGCCGCCUUGAAAUCGAAUAUAGCAGAAUCUUUAUUAUACUAAUAUGAUAUCCCAACAUGUUCGGGACCGAGGUGUAGUACUUGUUGUACUGUAAUGAUAUACCAAGAACAACACAGAAUCAAAUGCUGUACUGAAAAUAUCUAUUGUUGAAACAAAAGUUGUAAGAUGAA